ACUUCGUGUUCAAUUCUAAUUCAAGUUGCUAAUGCUCACAUACUUCCUCACAUACUUCGUUCCAAGUGCGUUCAGUUUGUACGUGUCGUGAGAUUCAUAUAAGUGAAAUGGCGAAAACGCGAUCCAAGUAUAUUUCAGUAGGUGAAAGAAAAAUGCGGGCGGCGGCAAAUGAAAAAAAUUUGGACUUUGUGCAGAAUACUCCCGAAAUUGAAACCGUUUACAAAGGAAAAAAACAAAUGUGGUAACAAAAUGGCUGCCAAACCUCUAAACACUAGUCUUCAGUAUGCUUACUCUAGCAAAAAGGAAAGAACAUUGGGAAAAGGUAAAAAUGUGUGCCUGAACAAAUUACUGUUGCAACUUGCAACAACCUAACUCUCAGAUUUCAGCUAUGCCUGAGGAGGAAAAUGGAGGAAAUAUAAACGGUUCCCUACAUCAAUUUACCGAAUAUAAUAACUCUAUUGAAGAAAUAAUGACUGUUUUUGAUAGUGAUAUAGAAGCCGAAAAUAGUUCUGAAAAUGACGAUGCCAGAAAUAUUGAAAAUAUGACAAAAAAAAUCAAAGACUUGAAGGAAAAAAAUAUAAAAUUAAAAAAAGCUUACGAUAAAGCACUGGAAAGAAUAUUUAGAUUGACGGAUAUUCUUAACUCAAAAGUUUGUGGAGAGCCGACCGAAAACGUAUUUACAGAAGUUCCUGGGUUCCCGGAUAGAACUACAUUAAAAAGAUUUUCAGAAGCUGCAACAAGUGAUUUUGUUUUUGUUAAGCUCAUGAUGAAAGGGCUAUGGCCAAAUGGCUUGAAAAACAAGUCCGUAAUCGGUCGUGCUUCAAACAACCCUUAUGGUCGGCCAUCGCGAAAACGGCCAUUAAAUCCACUCGUACAAAUUGAGCCACGUGAACAACUUUCACCAGAAAAAGUCAAAUACAUUGGAGAUCGUUUUAUUGAGCACCGAAUUUUUCAAAGUGAUCCUCCAGUGAUCGCGAAACAGAGAUCCGAUGAGUGUAACGGUCUCAUGACACGUAUGGUUUCAUACUAUGGCGCUGUUUGAAUCUUGUUGCUGCUUUCAGGUUUUCUUGUUUAUGACCUUAAAGAAUUACCUGCUACUCUGAUUAAUGUAUUAUACUAAUUUCAUAAAACUGUUAUUUUUAUGUUUGACGCAAAACGAAAAAUAAUAAAACAAAUCA